CACUGAAGACUCAAGGACGCACGGCUCUUCAGUUUCCCGUUGCUUUUCCGGCCAUCCCGCCGGCAAUAAAAUGGAGAACUUCAAAGCUCCUUUCAAGGGAAUUGCAAAUGAUUUCAGAGGAAGAGCUCAGUGUUACAAGCAAGAUUGGAUUGGAGGGCAUCUUUCAGGAAUCGGGAUAUUAGCUCCAACCACCUAUAUCUUCUUUGCUUCUGCUCUUCCUGUCAUUGCCUUCGGCGAGCAACUAAGCAGAGAUACAGAUGGAAGUUUGAGCGCCGUGGAAACUUUAGCCUCUACUGCUAUUUGCGGUAUCAUACACGCAAUUUUCGGCGGACAACCACUUCUGAUAUUGGGAGUUGCAGAACCAACUGUUAUUAUGUACACCUAUUUGUACAACUUUGCUAAAGGAAGGCCGGAUUUGGGACGUGAACUCUUCUUGGCUUGGGCUGGAUGGGUUUGCGUUUGGACAGCUCUCUUGCUGUUUCUUCUUGCAAUAUUCAAUGCUUGCACUGUUAUCAAUAAAUUUACGAGGAUUGCAGGUGAACUUUUUGGCAUGUUGAUUGCGGUUCUCUUUAUUCAAGAGGCCAUCAAGGGAAUAGUCAGUGAGUUUGAAAUUCCCAAAGCUGAGGACCUGAAGUUAGAGAAGUAUCAAUUUCAGUGGCUUUAUACAAAUGGAUUACUUGGGAUCAUAUUCAGUUUUGGCCUUCUCUUCACUGCUUUGAAGAGCAGAAAGGCAAGGUCUUGGUGGUAUGGCACAGGAUGGUUUAGAAGUUUUGUUGCAGACUAUGGAGUUCCUUUAAUGGUUUUAGUGUGGACAGCACUGUCAUUCAGUGUCCCAAGCAAAGUUCCAUCUGGUGUUCCCAGAAGGCUCUAUAGCCCUCUCGCUUGGGAAUCUACCUCUGUACAUCAUUGGUCUGUUGUAAAGGACAUGGGAAAGGUUUCUCCGGCAUACAUCUUCGGAGCCUUUAUUCCUGCUGUGAUGAUUGCGGGGCUUUACUUCUUUGACCACAGUGUUGCUUCGCAGCUGGCACAGCAAAAGGAGUUCAAUCUUAAGAAGCCUUCUGCUUAUCAUUAUGAUAUCAUGUUGCUGGGAUUUAUGACACUGCUUUGCGGAUUGAUUGGGCUACCUCCUUCAAAUGGUGUCCUGCCACAGUCCCCAAUGCACACUAAGAGCCUUGCCGUUCUCAAGAGGCAGUUGAUGCGAAGGAAGAUGGUGGAGAGUGCCAAGGAAAGUAUAAAGCAGAAGGCUAGCAACUCUGAAAUCUAUGGAAAGAUGCAAGCUGUGUUCAUAGAAAUGGAUGGCAGUCCAGUCACUACUUCAGUUGUUAAAGAGCUGGAAGACUUGAAGGAAGCAGUAAUGAAAGGUGAAAAUAAAGACGAAAAUGCAAAGGAAACAUUCGAACCCGAGAAGCACAUUGAUGCUUACCUGCCUGCUCGAGUUAACGAGCAAAGAGUGAGCAAUCUCUUACAGUCACUCCUUGUGGCAAUAUCAGUUUAUGCUGUGCCUGCAAUAAAGAAGAUACCUACUUCAGUUCUAUGGGGAUACUUUGCUUACAUGGCUAUUGACAGUCUUCCUGGGAACCAGUUCUGGGAAAGGAUGCUACUUCUCUUCAUAACACCUGGCCGGCGUUACAAGGUCUUGGAAAGGGUUCAUGCUUCCUUUGUGGAUUUAGUACCCUUUAAAUACAUAGCCACAUUUACAAUCUUCCAAUUUGUAUAUUUGCUGGCCUGUUUUGGCAUUACUUGGAUUCCUAUCGCCGGAAUCUUGUUCCCGCUGCCGUUCUUCAUUCUCAUAAGCAUAAGACAGCAUAUUCUUCCCAAGCUGUUUGCAUCACGUCAUUUGCAGGAACUGGAUGCUGCUGAAUAUGAGGAAGUCACUGGUGCCCCAAGAGCUUCCAUGAGCGUAUCUUUCAACGAAAGGGAAGCCCCACAUCUUGGAAAUGGUGAAGGUGGAGUGGAAAUGUGUGAUGCUGAGAUAUUAGAUGAGCUGACAACAAGCAGAGGGGAGUUGAAAGUUAGAAAUGUAAGCUUUAGUGAAGAGAAAUGCGGCCAGGUUUAUCCGGAGGAUGUCCAAUCAGAGUGAGAUGCUUUCGAUUGCCAUGAAAAUGGGAAAAAGUUGAUGAUGACGAUAGUGAAACUACAAACUACUUCAAUCCUUAGUUUUCGGAUUUGAAGAAAAUCAUUAUUAAUUUCAUAGAGAGAGAGAGAGGCUGCUAAGUGAGAAAUUAUGUCGAAAAUUGAAAAUUCUUGGGGGUUCAAUGAGCUGCAGCCCGUCCAUCUGUACAUUGAAAAACUAGUAUGUUAAGGACGAAGCGUCCUAUAGGCAAAUAAUCAGCAUUCAUAGUGUGUUAUUUGGUUAUCCCCACUUUCAUUAGAGAAUUCAAAUCAUUUUCUGCAGCUAGUAUUGUUAGCAUUGAUGGUGAUGAUGCAAUUGAUCGUACGGUCAACCUUGAACGACAGACGUCUGCAAGAGAGAGCGAGAAAAGUAGGAAACUUGACAGGGGAUCUCGGCGGGAAAUAUUUCUAAUGCUUAACAAGGAUGACAGACGGGUUUCUUUUUUGAAAACGAGAGCUAGAAGAGAGUGUAAUACGAAUGGUAAUGUGUAUGUACUUGA